GCUGAGAGCCGGGCCCCCGCCGCGACUCGCCGCCCUCCGUGCUGACCCCGCGCAUCCCGACUGCGAGCAGGGGGUCACCGGGAGGCCGGGGCACAGAAAGUCCGGCCCCGCCAGCCGCCGAGCGAGCAACUCCGCUUAAAAACCUCCGCGCCCGCCUCCCCGGGCCGCACAGCUCGCCGGGCGAGGGGCCGACAAGAACCAGCCUCCCUCCGCCGCCACCGCCGGGGACUUGCGCGCCCGCAUACCGCCGCCGAGGAGCAGAGACAGGGCCGCCCCAUGCCUGCGCACUUGCUGCAGGAGGAGGAGUUCUCCUCCACUUCCAGCACCACCACGGUUGGCACUGUCACUUCCCGGGUGACCAGGAAUGGGGAUGCCGUCAUGGAGAAGGACUUACCCAAUCACGAGGACUUGGCAGGAGACCGGGGCAUGAUAGAUGAUAUCUUUGAUGAGACCUACCGGGAGAAGGAGGGCCCCAAGCCCCCCAUGCGAUACGUCUGGAGGAAUAUCAUCCUCAUGAGCCUGCUGCAUCUAGGGGCCCUGUUCGGGUUGACGCUGAUACCUUCUGCAAAGAUCCAGACAUUGGCAUGGGGUGUCCUGUGUUUCGUGUUGAGUGCUCUGGGAAUAACAGCUGGAUCUCACCGCCUCUGGAGCCAUCGGUCCUACAAAGCCACGCUGCCCCUGCGGAUCUUCUUGACUAUUGUAAACUCCAUGGCCUUCCAGAAUGACAUCUAUGAGUGGGUCCGGGACCACCGUGUCCAUCACAAGUUCUCUGAGACAGAUGCAGACCCUCACAAUGCCAUGCGGGGCUUCUUCUUCUCCCACAUCGGCUGGCUGCUGGUGCGCAAGCACCCGGAUGUCAUAGAGAAGGGCCAGAAGCUGGACCUGAGUGACAUAAAGGCUGACAAAGUGGUGAUGUUCCAGCGGAGAUACUACAAGCCCUCGGUGGUGUUGCUGUGCUUCGUGAUGCCCACUCUAGUGCCCUGGUACUUCUGGGAUGAAUCCAUCGUCAUCAGCUUCUUCAUUCCAACCAUCCUGCGCUACGCCUUAGGGCUCAAUGCCACUUGGCUAGUGAACAGUGCUGCUCACAUGUUUGGCAACCGGCCGUAUGAUCAGUACAUCAACCCACGGGAGAACCCCCUAGUCAGCCUGGGGGCUCUAGGAGAAGGCUUCCAUAACUACCACCACACCUUCCCCUAUGACUAUUCCACAAGUGAGUUUGGCUGGCGCUUCAACUUAACCACAGCCUUCAUUGACCUCAUGUGCCUACUGGGGCUGGCCAGCGAUCGCAAGAGGGUCUCCAAGGAGGUCAUCUUGGCUCGGAAAAUGCGGACUGGAGAUGGAAGUCACAAGAGUGGCUGAGUUCCUGCUUCCCUUCACGCACACAUCCACGCCUCUCCUUCCUCCUUUUUUCUCCCUUCCUGACCCCUCCAAAUACGCUGGACAAAGGUUUAAUGUUCUGUUUACUAACUACUGAAUAAUGUUACCAGUUUGCUUAAUUACUGAUGAGUUUUAACCCCCCUCCCACGCUGUGUUUUAUGUGAUGAUCUAGGACUCUGCCUUUAUAACACAAGGCCACCCUCUUCCCUUCUUUCCUUUUCUGUUCUUUCUCUGUGGCCCCUCUAGCCCAUCUCCCACUUUACGUCCCCCCAGUAUCUCCCUAGCAGAGGAACUGAUAGGAAGCAGCCCAGGGUGGCCCUUCACAGCCAGCUGUGUACCAUGGAGUUAAUGGAAGCCUGUACCAGCCAGCUGAAGAGUUGAGCCAAAGUCAGUGACCUUCCCCCCACACCUUCCCCCCACACCUUCCCCCCAAAACUCCUUCCUCUGUCCCUCGUCCUUUCUCAAGGGCUGCUGACAGACGUAGCAUGGCUGAAUUGCUCUCCCUGGGAAAAGCAGCCCUGUCCCUUCCCUUGCCUCAGAAAGAGAGUUGUCUCUUUCCAAGGUGUCUCUUGGGAAGUGUUCUCUCCUCCUCCCCACUGCACAGCCUCUCUGGCUGGGGAGAUGAGAGCCCCCAGUCUCUCUCAGAGCCAGGCCUGCCGGAGGCCAGGAGGGUCUGGUGGCAGCAGCGGGCACUGGAGGGGGAGCCUUGGUGGCCAUAUUACCUCUUCCCUCUGGCAUCACAGCUUCCCUCCCUGCACUGCCCUCUGUGCCUCAUGCCACCAGGGACUGAAGGCAGAGCCUGGCUCUGAGCUCCACAGCCCCUUUGGAGAGCCACAGCGAGGAGGGGGACAGACAGAGGGGUGUGCUGCCAGCUGCCGUGGGGCAGCACCAACCCAGACUGGUUUUGUUCACCAACAACGACAAGAUUUUUGCUUGCAAAUGGGACUUUUCCAAAAUGGAAAGGGGGAAAAGGAUGUAAACCAAAGCUCCACUGCUGAGUUAAGCUGCUUUAUGUGCUGGAGGAACCGGCUCCCCUCUGGGUGGCAGGUGGAUGUCCUGGUGUCUGUGCCUGUCCUGCAGAUACACAUCCUGAGCUGAGCGCAGGGGUGGGGCGCAGGAGCACCUGUGGCAUAGGGAGGGUGAGGGUGUCCAUGGGAGUAGUCUCUCCCUCCACGUGGGCUCUGCUCAGUCAAUUAACAAGUGCCUGAGAAAAACCAACGCAGGGCCAAGUAGCACAGAGGUCUCAAGGGAGUCGAGAGCACCAAUGCAAGGCACUGCUGCCAGCGUGAGCCACCUCUGGUCUCUCCUGAGGGAGUGGGAAGGGAAGGAGAAAGCAGCUCCUCGUUUGUCCCUUAGCCUGACUCGCAGCCCCCUCAGCAAGCAAUCUCACCACGUCAUUUCUUUGCCCACAAGGCAGGCAGUAAGGCGGCUGAGCCUGCAGAAAGGUCAGUUGUAUCACCGAGCUGAUGUGGGCAUACAGCUGGAGGGUGUGCUGGGGGAAAAAGCCCUUGUGGGUGUUGUUUCCUGCAAGUUGCAGAGACCACAGCUUGAGUUCAGAUAGUGGGUUAGAUUCUGGGCAUCAUGGCCCCGAGCCUCUCACUGGGCUGCGCUUGCUUUUUUUGUCCCCUCUUAACUCCUCUUAUUAGUAUUAAUUUUUAUUAUUAUUAUUAGUUGUAGCAAUAGUAUAAUUUUUGUUGCUUAAAUGCACCAAAUUGAGCUGGAGGAAAGCACAGGAGGUGCCUGGAACGAGGUCAUGUUGGAGUGGGGUUUGCAGCAUCUCCCUUAUUCAGGCAGGCCAGGGAGGGCAGAGGCGGAGCAGAUGCUAGGUUCCUCACAUCACCUCUGCCACAUAGCAGCCAGGUAAGCUUCACAGGAGCAAGUCUCUGCAGCUUUGCUUUCUUCUGCUGUGAAACUCACCAGAAGCCACGACAGCUCUGCGAUGCUCUCCUUAACAAGAGCAUGCUUGUUACUGGGAAAAGAAGCCCUCUCCUUUCCCUUCCCUGCCACUGCCACAGCCUUUUUACUGCUUAGCAAUGGCAUCCUCUAAGGCUUUGAGCCAUUAGGAGCCAUGUGGUCUCAAACCAAGAGGUACAAGAGGGAGGAACGGAGCAGUGAGCCCUGCAGCUCAUGGUGUCAGGAGACAGCAUCCUUUGUGCUGUGAGGCUCAUGACUGCCUGGGGCAAAGGGGUUGUGGCUGGAAUUGUAUCCUACCAUUAAAAAGAAAAAGCCCUCAAAAACAACAACAAAAAAAACAAACAGUGUUAGCUCUGUAGUUUCAGGCUGACUUUGCUGCAGUCUAAACCCCUCUGAACUCAUGGAAAGUCUCCAGAGGAUAAAUUUGCUCCACCCAGUCAUUGGAAAGGGGUGUGUGGUGGAGAAGAGCAGGUGAAAAUUAUUUCCGUGCUCCUGGUGCCAUUUACAUGUUGUGUGGCAUACCCUACAGUAGAGAAGCGUGCUGUGACAUGUUGCAAUAGUUCACAUCCUCUCAGCAGAGAAGCAGGGUUUGACAUCAAGGGUUCCUUUCAAAUUUCAAGUGCUGAUUUGGGUCCAGAAUCUGGAAUUAGGGUAGAAGAUGAGGAGCGGUAACCAAACAGUCCUGGUGUUUGCCCAGUCGCUUUAAAGGUAGAUUGGCAAAUAUCUCUGGGUGCCUUAAAUCUUUCUUUAAUAUACAUAGGAGUAUUGACAGAUAUUUGCUGUUGUGGUUUUGUUUUUGUUUUGUUUUUCUGAAUUAUGAACAUUUGAGGGGUUUCUUAAUUAUUUAAUUGCCUACAUUGAACUGUGGGUGCAGGUGAUUUUGAAUGUAUUUGAGUUAGAAUUUUUGUUAGAUUAAGAAACAGAUACAACACUUCAAGUAGAACUUUGUUUGAGAUAUAUAUAUAUAUACACACAACUAUAAAUAUAUAUAUAUAUUUUUGGUGGCAUGUUUGUAUCCUGGACGCGUUGUCUGUAUGUUUAGCUUAAAUGAGUCUGAGAGAUGUGGAAGCAGAGAAGGCAGCAGUGGGAACGUGCGGCUAGAGUGGGCAGCCGUUCUCCGGGGACCUGUUCACGGCUCAGCUACUCGCUCACUGCGUGAUUUGGGACAGUCACUUAAAAAUUCUCUGUGCCUCAGUUUCCCCUAUCCGUAGCAGGGGGCAACACCCUGCCUCCCAGCCGCGUGGCGAUGCUCGCUGCCGGCCGGCCGAGCGCAGGGCAGGGAGGCGUACGGACCACACGCACACUGCUGCCCGCAGAAGCACGGACCGGUUUGUUUUCCAAAACUGUUCCCAGCGCCGCUGGUAUUGUGAAGAGCAGAUGUCCGAGUGUUGGGUGUUCAGAGAAGGAUUGGAAAGUUGAAUCUGCACAUUGUCUAAGCUCUGUCACUGUUGAAAUGUGAGUAGGAUACUAUUUUUCACAGCUUAGGGAUUUCUGCAUAGUAGUAUCUCUGUUUUGUGUACUGGAAAACAAAUAAAAAAACCUUUUUGAAAUAAUUUCUACUAAUACGGAAGCAGACAUCUGGUUGUGCUAUCUGAAAUUUUAUUUGUUCAUAAUAAAAAUGUUACUUUAAAA